AUGGUGAGAUGUGAAGGAAAUGAAGACAGGAACUCCUACUCUUACUCUACCCUAGGGUCACUUACUCUCAGAGGAACUGGAACAGCCUUCUCUACACACAACCUCCAGUUGUGUCAAGGUUGCAGGGUCCCUUGGAACAACGAGACAUCACGUGCCGGACCUUGUGACCGGUGUAUUGUCAGACAAAAAGACAGGUGUAGUUUGAUAGAAGAGUUCCUACAGACGGAAAUUAUCUACAACGAUCAUUUAGUAUCCCUGAGAGAGGGCGUACAGAAGCCUCUAGACUCCAGCACAUUGUUAACACCAGCGGAACACACCAAAAUAUUUGCAGAGUUGAAGGAUCUUAUAUAUUUGAGUAACCGAGUAAUCGCUCUUCUGAACGACGCUAUCAAGAGUUCCAUUCAGCACGGUGAUCAGCAUUUGGAGAGAGUUGAGAUAGGGCGGAUAUUAUUCAGAGUUUGGCCUCACUACAGCUGCUUUGUUCCCUUCGUUAUCAAGCAAGAAACGAAUCUACAAGUACUGACGGAGCUAGAAUCUACUUCAGAAGACUUUAGCAAUUAA